AUGCGUUUCCUAACAUCAUCGGUUGUUAUAGUUUUGUUGGCCAUUUGUGGUUUGGCUGCUGCAGGAGUUUUGCCUCAUCAUCAUCAACAGCAUCAUCAUCAGCAGCAGCAGCAGCAGCAUCACGGUCAUCAUGUCAGUAGUUAUUCGGUGGUUAGUAAACAUGAACACCCCAUUGUUAAGCAUGAAUUUUCACACAAAGCCUGGGAAGAACAUCAGUCGGAUAAUGGUGUUGGUAGUAGUGGUCAUGAAUUGGCUCAUUAUGCCCAUAAAUCCGAUCAUGAGGAAGAUGCUCAUGAGGAUUAUGAGGGUGGUCAUGCCCAUGAAGAAGAAUACUAUGCCCAUCCCAAAUAUCAAUAUGAUUAUGCUGUAAAGGAUGAGAAAACCGGUGACUCCAAGCAACAUUGGGAGACCAGAGAUGGUGAUAAAGUUAAAGGUAGCUACACCAUUAAGGAGGCCGAUGGCACCACUCGCAUUGUAGAAUACACUGCUGAUCAUAAGAAUGGUUUCAAUGCUAUCGUCAAGACUGUGGGCCAUGCCCAUUCCGAACAUGAGAGUCAUGAUCAUUCUCAUUAUAGUCAUUAAUUUAAGAGAGUGCUCUUGUCAGUUUCCAAAGACUUAUUAAACGGUAUUUUUUUCCUCUUUAAUUAACUUGUAUUUUCUAAGGCUAAUCUAGACAAUAUUGUUUUCUUUAACUAUAAACUUUAACUUUAAUAAUUGAAAUAAUGCCAAUUAAAGUAAAAUUAAAAAUCAA